CAAUUGAUUGCUUCUGGGGAUAAUGGAAAACAAGAACCAAGAGGAUCUAGAUCUGCUUCUGUCCCUUGACGACGACGAGAGGGUUCUCGAAACUCCUCCCGGUUCUCCUUCUGCUCCACCCGUAUAUUUGACGGAUGAAGAAGGAUCCCCCAAACGUCGUAGAGGUCAGGCGGACUUGUCUGACUUCAGAAGUGUUGUUCAAGAUUGCAUCGACUAUGACCCCAAACCUCUCCCCAAAACCACCAAUAAACCUAAAAGCGACAUUGAAAAGUUCUCUGGCUUACGCUUAAGGAAUCAAUUACUUAGCCCUGCACAGAUUAGUGAUCUCUUCUCAGAUAUUCGUUUCGUUAGAUUGCCAACAAUCAAGAACUUGCUAAUGGGUGACAAACUGUCCGGCUGCUGGGCCACAAUGGGAGUGCUAACUGAGAAAGGACAACCCAAAACAAGCUCUAUAGGUCAGCCUUAUUGCAUUUGGAAAAUAUGUACCUUAAACGAGAACAACACUGUCUCCUUGUUCUUGUUUGGCGACGCUUACAAGAAGAAUGAGUCUGAAAAGGCAGCAACUGUUUUCGGUCUCUUUAAUUGUUCUCUUCGCAAGGACAAAGUGGGAAGUGACUUCUCAUUAAGUGUCAACUCCGCUAAACAAAUGGUAAAACUAGGAGUUUCCGCUGAUUAUGGAGUCUGCACAGCUAAGCGGAAAGAUGGAACAACUUGUACCUCUGUUGUAAACAAACGCCAAGGAGCAUUCUGCAAGAUUCAUAAACUGAAUGCAUCAGACAAAUUUGCUACAAUGAGAAGUGAACUCAAAGGCGGGAACUUGAGAACGUCUUUCAGAGAUCCAAAAUCUCAAGGCAUUUACACAGUUGAGCCACCAGUAGAUAGGAGCGGGAACAAAAAGGCUACUCAGCCUGUCCGAGUACUAUCAGUGGAGGGUCUUCGAAAGGCUCUAAGUGGUGCAGAUAAAGUGACGCCUAACGUACACUCUCAAGGCAUACGUUUCCUGAACGAGAUGGCUAAACAAUCGGCUUUGAAGAACGUUAACAAGAAAUCUGAAGCUGUGAAUAAGUCUGUAGAGAAGAGGAAAGCAUCUAAUGCAAAAGAAACGCAAGCAAAGAGAAAGAGAGAAGCACAUGGACAUGAUAAGAAGGAAACUCCUGAGACUGCCACCGGAAAAAUGAUGGUCCUAGAUUUCUGCAGCUCUGACGAAGAAUGAGUCAUCAGCCCUUCCAAAUUUGGGGCCAGUUAUGAGACUUUAGCCAAAUAUGCAGAUCACUGGAUGUCGAGUAAAAGGCUUGUUGUUCCCAUUCAUACAAGAAAUGUUCCUUUUUGCUAUAUUGGAUUUGAGAUGGUAUGUCUUUCUACAAGUUUUGUGUUCGUUUUAACAUAUAUUAUAAACUGUUGAGAAGAGAUGAUACAUAUACGUAGAAAGCAUCUAAUUCGAAACAUGAACAAAAGAAUCAAAUGCUAGAUGCAGAAGUAAUUGGUUUUGUCACAAGAUGUCUUGAAGAAGAGAUUUACCCUGAAACUUGUCCACCUUGGAACUGAGAAACGCCAAUCUCUUGUCGAGACGCGCUUUCCUCAUAUCCAGACUUGCCAACUUGCCAGCCAUCUCGGUGGUUCUCUCUCUCCACUCCUUCAACUUCUUCUCCUUCUCCCUCAGCUCUUUCCCCUGUUUCUCCAUUUCUUGUUUCGCAAGCAACAUAUCCCCUUGGCACAUCUCUUUCUCUAUUAUGCUCAUCUUGUGGUGGUCGUAGUGCUUUACCGCCUCAAAAAUAUCCUCCAGGACGGCCUUGAGCCAGCCUGCCUUGAUUUUAACAGACUCAACGUCUCUAACAAUCGCUAGCAUUUCCACCACACGGGACUCCUUGAGAUGCUUUAAGGGAGUCGUCUGGAGUUCGAAAGCCACGGAGGCAAGCAUGUCGAGGUAGUAGGAUCUUGUGGCAAGCGAAUGUAGUUUGGAAGCAGAUGCAAUGUC